GGCGCGGCCGCUCAGCUGCUGACAGCCUCCCGGCGCGCCGGUCCAUGCUGGUCCCGGUCUUUGUUCUGGGGCCGGCGCCGAGACAUGCGCGGCUGACGAUGGAGGUGGAGGACUCGGGCGGCGUGGUGCUGACCGCCUACCACUCGUACGCCCGCGCCCAGCCCCCCAACGCAGAGUCGCGCUGCGCGCCCCGGGCCGCCGCCAGCCACCCGCUCAGCAGAAAAUCCAUUCCUCGCUGCCGAAGAAUUAACAGGAUGCUCUCCAAUGAAUCCCUCCAUCCUCCUGCCUUCAGCCGUUCCAACUCAGAAGCCUCCGUAGACAGCGCCUCCAUGGAGGAUUUCUGGCGGGAAGUAGAAAGUAUUAAAGAGAGCAGCAUGGGGGGGCAAGAAGAGCCACCGCCAGCUGAGGUCACACCUGUGGAUGAAGGAGAACUUGAAGCAGAAUGGCUGCAAGAUGUGGGUUUAUCAACUCUGAUCUCAGGUGAUGAAGAGGAAGAUGGCAAAGCCUUGCUCUCUACAUUGACUCGAACCCAAGCAGCUGCCGUGGAAAAGAGAUACAAUACCUAUACCCAAACCAUGAGGAAAAAGAAUAAGCAAUCUAUCAGGGAUGUCAGAGACAUUUUUGGAGUCAGGGAAUCUCCUCCUCGUGAUACCUGUGACAACCACACUAAUCAGUUGGAUGGCACCAAGGAAGAAAGAGAGCUACCAAGAGUUAUCAAGGCAAGUGGUUCCAUGCCAGAUGAUGCUUCUCUCAACAGUACUACCCUGUCUGACGCAUCCCAGGAUAAAGAAGGGAGUUUUGCAGUUCCCAGGAGUGACUCUGUGCAGGCUAUACUUGAGACCAUUCCAGAUCUCCCACUUCAUUCCAAUGGAUCAUCGGAGCCGGGACAGCCAGUUCAGAAUGCAGUCAGCGAUGAUGAUUAUCUAGAAAAGAACAUUCCACCAGAGGCUGAAGAGCUGUCAUUUGAAGUGUCUUAUUCAGAAAUGGUGACAGAGGCUCUAAAAAGAAAUAAGCUUAAGAAAUCAGAGCUGAAGAAAGAAGACUAUGUUUCAACUAAAUUUAUUGUUCAGAAAAGCAGAUUUGGCUUCACUGAAGCGGGAGAUCUGUCUGCUGAAGACAUGAAGAAGAUCCGCCAUCUCUCUCUGAUUGAAUUGACCGCCUUUUUUGAUGCCUUUGGAAUUCAACUGAAAAGAGACAAAGCGGAGAAAGGAAAAGGGCGAGACAAUGGGAUUUUUGGAGUUCCGCUUACAGUCCUCCUGGACAGUGACCGAAAGAAAGACCCUGGAGUGAAAGUUCCCCUGGUAUUACAAAAAUUUUUUGAGAAAGUUGAGGAAUCAGGUCUGGAAUCUGAAGGAAUUUUUCGACUUUCGGGAUGUACUGCUAAAGUCAAGCAAUACCGUGAAGAACUUGAUGCCAAGUUUAAUGCUGAUAAAUUUAAAUGGGACAAAAUGUGCCAUAGAGAAGCUGCAGUAAUGUUGAAAGCAUUUUUCAGAGAACUACCCACCUCUCUCUUCCCUGUGGAAUACAUACCUGCCUUCAUCAGUCUAAUGGAAAGAGGGCCUCACGUCAAAGUACAGUUUCAAGCCUUACACCUCAUGGUCAUGGCGCUGCCUGAUGCCAACAGGGAUACAGCUGAGGCUCUCAUGACAUUCUUCAGUAAAGUGAUCGCCAAUGAAUCAAAAAACCGAAUGAGUCUGUGGAACAUUUCUACAGUGAUGGCACCAAACCUUUUCUUCAGUAGAAGCAAGCACUCUGAUUGUGAAGAAUUGCUGUUAGCAAACACUGCAGCCCACAUCAUCCGCCUAAUGCUUAAGUACCAGAACAUUUUGUGGAAGGUUCCAUCUUUUUUGAUCACUCAAGUAAGAAGAAUGAAUGAAGCCACGAUGCUGUUAAAGAAGCAGCUCCCCAGUGUCAGGAAGCUGCUCAGGAGGAGGACCCUUGAGCGGGAGACUUCAAGCCCCAAGACUUCAAAGGUACUGCAAAAAUCACCCUCGGCAAGAAGAAUGUCUGACGUGCCGGAAGGAGUCAUACGGGUCCAUGCUCCACUUCUCUCCAAGGUAUCCAUGGCCAUUCAACUCAACAAUCAGACCAAAGCCAAAGACAUAUUGGCAAAAUUUCAAUAUGAAAACAGUCAUGGUUCAUCAGAAUGUAUUAAGAUUCAGAACCAAAGGUUAUAUGAAAUUGGAGGAAAUAUAGGAGAGCAUUGCUUGGAUCCAGAUGCUUAUAUAUUGGAUGUAUAUCGUAUAAAUCCUCAAGCAGAAUGGGUGAUUAAACCCCAACCAAGUUCUUAAAAUAUCCUCAAGAUAGCUGCUGUCAUGUAUUAUAUGCCAAAAAGAUCCUACAUUUUGGUAGGGAAGAAACAACACUAUGUUUGCCAUAUUUGUCCCUACAGCCUUCUCAGUAUUUCUGGCCCUCAGCAGUGGACAUUGUCAGCAUGAACUACGGAAGGGGCACUGGUUCACCAAUUCAGCUGAAGCUUUCUCAUGGUAUUUUUUUUUUUAUAAAAGUAAAGGAAAGAUGAUGUGGUCCUUCCAGAAGAAAGACUAAUCUAGAAUAUGGAACUCUAAUCACUUCUAGUAUUUCAGCUUCCUAGCAGAAAUGAACUUGGCCCUAGACCGAGGGAUAAGCAAUGUUCUUUAUGUAGCCAAUGCUACCCAACGAAAGAGGUGAAAGAGACCCUUUUUUAUACUUAAUGUACAUAUAUUGACUUUUUGAGCAAGAAUGCCAGAAAUAGCCUUCAUUUCUACCCUGCAAAAUAAUCCAGAUCUGCUUUUUAAAGAGAAUCAGUUUCUAAAGUGAAACAUACAAUAUUUAUGCUCUGACUGACUCCUGAAUUGGAGGAGGAAGAACUUCUGUUUAAAGAAAACUCUAUUGUUAUGUACAUCAGGCUGUGUAUUGUGACUGUCAGCAUUCUGGUGCAAAUGAACUUUUCUCUAUCAUCGACUGUGGAAAAUUGAUACUUUUAAAGCAUAUUCUUCUAUGAGCACAGGUCCCCCUAGUGAAGCUUAGUUUGACAAAGGGUGUCAUAUGUAUUAACAUUCACAGAGCCUCUAUUUUCUCAUUAUGGUUAUGGUGCUCAGUAUCUUUCCAAUUGCCAGGCACAGCCUGCCUUUUCUGAUCAGACGUACCAUUUUUUAUAUUUCACAACUAUAGACAGUCACUUCUGCAGUCCCAAUUUAAAAAUGCAGAACUGCUUUAUCCAAGAAUGCUGAAAAAUAUUAUUCUAUCCAGGUUUUAUAAACUGUGAAAGCAGAUUUUGCUUUUGCCUGUUAAUCAUAGGCAUGGCCGAGCAUUGUGGAUUAGCCUGAGGCUGAAAAUCAGAUACAUGUCUGGUAAGAUGACCACUGUUUCACUGUCAGGAGCCUGGAGAGCCAUUUUCCAGACCUGUGACCGCCCAGAACACAUAGUCCCCACAUUUCUCAUUUGGAGCAAAUCUAAAAGGUUCUGAGGGAUUGGACAGCUCUGCCUUUCCUCUUGAGACUGUGAAUAUAGUCCUUCUCGGGUUAGCUGGAAUUGGGGACAGAGUUCUCAUGUAUCCCAGACAAGAUUUUGAUGAAUUUAUAUUGGUUGUAGUGAGGCCCAAAUGACUCUCUCUUAACAAUUCAAGCAGUAGACGGAGUUGCUCACAAAUACAGAAAACAUCUUUUUGUCUACUUCACAAGUCUCGAAACGUGGUAAUAUUUAAGCCCAUUUGUAGAAGAAAUCUUUUAUAUGCUAUAUUACACCUUGGUAUCUACAUGAAACAUUGCUUAUAUUAAAACAUGUAGAUAACUU